UUACAAGGGCGACCACUCUCAUAAGUGUAAAAAUAUUUCCUGAUUUUUACCACAGAAGAAUUUCGUGAGACAGGAUGAGCAGGAUAUAUGACAAUAAACCUUUGCAUAAUUUGCCUGUAAUCAGUGUCAACAUUCCAAACAAAUGGGAUCCUAAAAAACACUCAAGUGGAGAUGGUGUAAUUCUAGAGGGAACUAUAAAGGGACGAAGCCGCUUUAGUGUGACAGACAAUUCACAUUCAAAGUUCCGUUACUAUGUACUUCAUGUCGAGGUACUGAGAGCUCAUAAGAGGAAAUUUGAGAGUGCUGACCGAGAAAUUGAGCCAAACUUCAGCGAAACUCAUAAAGUGCGAACAGGGUACCUCAAUUCAUCAUACAAGGUUGAACCCAAAGGACAAACUGAUAAACUUAGCUUGGAACAAGUCAAGGACAUCAUAAGUCACCGUGAUCUUAUUGACAUAACAUCAUCCAAACUGCCGGGAGGUUGUGCCAACUGUAUGUCACUGUGGUUACAAGAAAAUGAAACCGAGAAAAUCGAACUUGAGGAUGAAGACACAGUAAGAGUGAAAACAUCUGGAGAUGGACCAUUUAUUUUCAGCAUCACAAGGAUGGAGUCUGAUGCCAAGAUGAAGGGGAAUUUUGCUGGAGGUGAGAAUGUGGGUAGCUCCUGGACAGAUAAAAUAAUGGGCAUGAAAUCUUCACAGCCAUCAGACGACAAUCAGACCGAAGGGGUUGACGAAGAUGAAUGGGAUGACUAACCAGUUGUGAUUCCUAAACUCCAUGGUCCAUUCAGCAAUUUAAAGAAUUCAUUCAGCAAUAUAAAGAAGCAGAAGUGACUUUUACUGCCAUGACAAAGUGCAAUGUUAUAACUGCCCCCCAGUGCAAACAUCCGUGCAAGUCGGUAAAUAGCUAGUAUAUAUAGCUAAUGUUCAAUGUUGAUUAUGUAUAUCUGACUUUAAAAAUAAAGAUUAUUAUUUAUAACUGUUGUGUACUGAACAAAAGAAAUGAUUCUUCCUGUUAUUGUAACCCUCCAAAUAUCUUUAUUGUAUUAUUUAUUGUUAUAUUCAUUUUUCAUAUUAAAUCAAUAUGACUUAAA